AUGACUCUUUGGAUCACAUCUCUGCCUCUCCUAGUGCUGCUUGCCAUUUCGGCUCCUCCUGCUAGUUAUGCCGAUCCCAAUCAGCAUCUAUGUGGCUCCCAUCUAGUGGAAGCACUCAGGCUCGUAUGUGGAGAGCGGGGCUUCUACUAUUCUCUUACAACACGGCGCAACAUUGAACAGCCCCCAGCAAAUGGGCCUUUACAGAAUGAAGUGGAAGCACUGCCAUUCCAACCACAGGACUUUCAGAGGGCAAAGAGAGGAAUCGUGGAGCAAUGUUGUGAAAACACCUGCUCCCUCAAUGAGCUAGAGAACUACUGCAACUAGAAGA